AUAAUUGCAAGGCAUCAGCAUAAGUAGGACCUGGACACACUCAGGGAGUUUUCCAAAUGACUAGCUCAGUUUUGAAUAAGGCGUAUUUAAGACAGUGUCAAGAUGUCCACCAAUCUUGGGUUGAGCAUGUAAAUUAUUAUGUAUGUAUAUAAUUUAUGACUGUGUAUGAAAUAUAUCACAUAAGUCACUCCCCUCCACAGUGUUCUCAUGAAUUUAAUGUGAUUUAUUUUUAAAGCUCAAUGAAAAUUAUUCUAAGAGUAGAAACAUUGAGAGGAGAAAAUACUGUUUAGCCUCCCCACUGGCGAUCUUCAGAUAUGAUGCAGGGUAUUUAGUUAGGGCUGAAGGGAACCUUAUGAAAAUACAGAGGUGCAAUAGGACAAGCCAGUUAUGACACUCAACACACAAACUCCCCACACAGGUAAAAAUGUGUUACCAACUGCCUUCUGCUCCUCAACUGCUAAGUCACAUUGGUGGCACUCAAAAAGAGUGUGACCCACUUGUCACAAAAAUAAUUUGAAUGUGUUUUCUAAUUUAGGAGCAGUUUAGACAGGCAGCCAGUAAUACACACACACACACACACACACACACACACACACACACACACACACACACACGAGAGCACUCGCUGCUCUUUCAGAGGGCUCUUGUUUGUCUCCCAGCACCCACAUCACACCCCUCACAACCACCUGUAACUCUGCCUCUGAGGGCCCCCACCCUCUCUUCUGGCCUCUGAGCACAAUGUGGCAUACACUCACAGAGACAUAUACAAGUAAUAAAAGUUAAAAUAUUUGGGAUCAUCUUCUAUACAUUUAUUUUAAAAGAUAAAUAGAAUCUUUACAAAUUUCAAAUCCUGAAAUCCUUACAAUUUGCUUUUGAUAGAAUUAUUUUUCUACCCACUGGGCCUAGCAUACUUAAUUGAUAGCAUAAAAUCUGAUAUGCUUAAGAGGUUUCUUCCCAGAACACUUGAUAUUCCCAGUGGAACUCAGACUAGUGGGUGGCAGGAAUGCCAACUCCAGCGUUUGGGAUCUAGCUGGCGAUUGGUUAGGGAGGGGCUUUGGGGCGGGCCUUCCUAGAGCGCGAGCCUUGCUAGAAAGCUAUGGAGCUAGUCUAGACUGUCACUAUCAGCUAGGCUUCGUAGUAUUUGCGAAAGUGAGGAUUCUGCAAGCCCAAAGAGAACUUGCUUCCCUCGCGCUUAAGAAACCUGAAAUCAGCACCUGCUGGGACUGGAGAGAACCCAGGGAGCGUUAGAAGCUGCCGCUGCAGGAACAUGACUUGGAAUGGGCUGCAGCCAGCCCCAGGGUUUUAGCGAGGACUGUGAUGCAGACUUCCUAGAUGCCCGGGUUUCUACCAAGGGCACAGAUCCGCGGGUAGCAGGGGCCCUUUUCGCAGCACCGGCCACUCCAGCGCGGGACGCGUGAGCACCCGGACAAACACAGAAAAGUCUUCUGACGAACUCCUCUAGUUACUCCAGCGACUUCUUCCUACCCUCACUCACCGCCGGGACAGCGCGACUGCCACCCGACUGCCACCCUUCCUCUGAGUCUGGGUGGAGGGUAAGGACGGGAGCUGACCAGCACCGCCCCUCCCGACCGGGAGGUGGAGAUCCCACGGGUCCUGCGAUUCACUACCCACUUCCCCCUCCUUCUGCCCCUAUAUCACCAGCACCCCCUCCUCCUUCCUUUUUCCCUCCUCCCUGGAGACAGGGGAGGAGAAAAGGGGAGCUCGGGUCGUCAUGACUGAGCUGCAGGCAAAGGAUCCGCGGGCACCCCACGCGUCGGGAGCCGCGCCCUCCCCCACCCACGUCGGGUCCCCCUUGCUUGGACGCUUGGACCCCUGUCCCUUCCAGAGGAGCCAGCCGUCGGACGCAUCGUCUGUAGGCUCGUCUGGAUCCAUCUCCCUGGAAGACAGGCUGCUCUUCCCUCGGUCCUGCCAGGGUCCGGAGCUCCCAGGAGAAAAGGCACAGAACCAGCCGUCGCUGUCGGAGGUGGAGGGAGCCUUCUCUGGAGCUGAAGCCACUCGUGGGGCAGGAGGCAGCAACCCCAGAGCCCCGGAGAAGGACAGCAGACUCUUAGACAGUGUCUUAGACACGCUGCUGGCGCCCUCGGGGACCGAGCAGGGCCACGGCAACCCUCCAGCCUGCGAGGCCAUCACAUCUUGGUGUCUUUUCGGAUCAGAGCUUCCAGAAGACCCCCGCAGUGUCCCUGCUACCAAGGGGUUGUUGUCCCCGCUCAUGAGCCGGGUAGAGAGCAAGGCUGGCGACAGCUCCGGGACAGGAGCGGGGCAGAAGGUGCUGCCUAAGGGGCUGUCACCACCCGGGCAGCUGCUGCUCCCGACCUCAGGGAGUGCCCAUUGGCCCGGGGCAGGGGUGAAGCCCUCUCCGCAGUCAUCUGUGGUGGAAGUGGAGGAGAACGGUGGCCUAGAGACUGAGGGCUCCGCGGGUCCGCUUCUGAAGAGCAAACCUCGAGCACUGGAAGGCACAAGCAGCGGAGGAGGAGUUGCAGCCAGCGCGCCCGCGGCGGCUCCAGGAGGCGUCACCCUGGUUCCCAAGGAAGACUCCCGAUUUUCUGCUCCCAGGGUCUCCUUGGAGCAAGACGCUCCUGUGGCGCCCGGGCGCUCCCCACUGGCCACCACAGUGGUGGAUUUCAUCCACGUGCCCAUCCUGCCUCUCAACCACGCGCUCCUGGCCGCCCGCACCCGGCAGCUGCUGGAGGGGGACAGCUACGACGGCGGGGCCUCAGCCCAGGGCUCCUUUGCCCCGCCUCGAGGCUCGCCAUCCCCGCCGGUGCCCUGCGGCGACUUCCCAGACUGCACCUACCCGCAGGAUGGCGACCCCAAAGAGGACGCGUUCCCUCUCUAUGGCGAUUUCCAGCCGCCAGGCUUGAAGAUCAAGGAGGAGGAGGAAGGCGCCGAGGCAGCUGCGCGCUCGCCGCGCCCUUACCUGGUGGCCGGAGCCAGCGCCGCCACCUUUCCGGAUUUCCCGCUGGCACCGGCGCCGCCGCGAGCUCCCUCCUCCAGGCCCGGAGAGGCGGCGGUGGCCGGCGGCCCCGGGAGCUCCGCAGUGUCGCCCGCGUCCUCUUCGGGGUCCGCGCUGGAGUGCAUCCUGUACAAAGCGGAGGGCGCGCCGCCCACGCAAGGCCCGUUCCCGCCGCUGUCCUGCAAGCCCUCGGCCUCCGGCUCUUGCCUGCUCCCGAGGGACGGCCUGCCCGCCGCCCCUGCCGCCUCGGCAGCCCCCGCCAUCUACCCGCCGCUCGGCCUCAACGGGCUCCCGCAGCUGGGCUACCAGGCCGCAGUGCUCAAGGACAGCCUGCCCCAGGUUUACCAGCCCUAUCUCAACUACCUGAGGCCAGAUUCAGAAACCAGCCAGAGCCCACAGUAUGGCUUCGAUUCCUUACCUCAGAAGAUCUGUUUAAUCUGUGGGGACGAAGCAUCUGGCUGUCACUAUGGAGUGCUCACCUGUGGCAGCUGCAAGGUCUUCUUCAAGAGGGCAAUGGAAGGGCAACAUAACUAUUUAUGUGCUGGAAGAAAUGACUGCAUUGUUGAUAAAAUCCGCAGAAAGAACUGCCCAGCAUGUCGCCUGAGAAAGUGCUGUCAGGCUGGCAUGGUACUUGGAGGUCGGAAGUUUAAGAAGUUCAAUAAAGUCCGAGUUAUGAGAGCCCUUGAUGGCGUUGCUCUCCCUCAGUCAGCGGGCCUUCCUAAUGAGAGCCAGACCCUAGGCCAGAGAAUCACCUUUUCACCAAAUCAAGAAAUCCAGCUGGUUCCCCCACUCAUCAACCUGCUCCUGAGCAUUGAGCCUGACGUGAUCUACGCAGGGCAUGACAACACAAAACCCGACACUUCCAGCUCUUUGCUGACCAGUCUCAACCAACUAGGCGAGAGGCAGCUGCUCUCAGUAGUCAAAUGGUCUAAGUCACUGCCAGGUUUCCGGAACUUGCACAUUGAUGACCAGAUAACCCUGAUUCAGUACUCCUGGAUGAGUCUGAUGGUGUUUGGCCUGGGCUGGAGGUCCUACAAGCAUGUCAGCGGGCAGAUGCUAUAUUUUGCACCUGAUCUAAUCCUAAAUGAACAGAGGAUGAAGGAAUCAUCCUUCUACUCCCUGUGCCUUACCAUGUGGCAAAUCCCACAGGAGUUCGUCAAGCUUCAGGUGACUCACGAGGAGUUCCUCUGUAUGAAAGUCUUGCUACUUCUUAAUACAAUUCCUCUGGAAGGACUGAGGAGCCAAAGUCAGUUUGAAGAGAUGAGGUCAAGCUAUAUCCGGGAAUUGAUCAAGGCAAUAGGCUUAAGGCAGAAAGGGGUGGUCCCCAGUUCACAGCGCUUCUAUCAACUUACGAAGCUUCUUGACAGUUUGCAUGAUCUUGUGAAACAGCUCCACCUAUACUGCCUGAACACAUUCAUCCAGUCUCGGACACUAGCUGUGGAAUUUCCAGAAAUGAUGUCUGAAGUUAUUGCUGCACAGUUGCCCAAGAUCUUGGCGGGCAUGGUGAAGCCUCUUCUCUUUCAUAAAAAGUGACGUCUUUGCUUUGUUUUCUUUACAAAAAUUGAGUUUUGUGAUAUGUCUUUUUUGUCUUGGUUAGGAUGGUCAAGUCUUGAGUCUUUAUAAUGUUCUUCUGAAAGCCUUACAUGUAUACAUAUCACACUGUGUAAAUUAUGAGAAAACUUGGGAGAUUCUGAUUUUCCUUUGUAACGUCUAAGUGGAGUUUCUAAAGUGUUUUAUGUAGCCGUAUUUUCUUUGAGAGUUUACAUAGUUAAAAACGGACUAAAUUGAUUGUAUAAGUAAACUAUAUCUCAUCUACAUUAUUUCCUACUUUUUGGAUGAGAAUUUUUUCAACCUUUGCAUCUAACAUCUAACAAAUCUCCCCUAUAGGGGGAAAAACACCCCUACCUUUAACAAUAAACCAUACAUGCUACUUCUAGGUAGUUGUUUUGGUUUCCCAAAGCUGAGCCUUUAAAAUGAUAGCCAAAAAUGUAACUAUUUUGUGAGAAGAUUCAUAACCUAAAACAGAUUUUCAAAGAGUUUUUAAUGAAGAAAGAAAGAAAACAAAAGAAAGGAAGGAAGGAAGGAAGGAAGGAAGGAAGGAAGGAAGGAAGGAAGGAAAGAAGGAAGGAAGAAAAACAAAACAAAACAGGAAAACAGAAAGGGAGCUGAAACGGGUUGAUAUUUUGAAACUAGGCAAAUUGUGGUUGGAAGCAGGUUUGUGACAGAGUAAAUAAACAGCCACACAGUUGCUGUGACACUGUUGAGGGUGGGUCUGAGGGAGAAGAUGCCUUCAGAUACGGUCCUGUGGAUGUAGAAAUCAGGAGGUCUGUUCUCUCAUUGGAAUCCCUGUUGUUGGCUGACGUCACCCUUGGUAGUCUCGUGUCCUUGCCAGGGUGAUAGCAUGUUUCCUGGCAAACGCUUCCUUUGCCCAUCUCUGUCACUUCUUAUUAACAUUUUAUCAAAGAAGACUGGGAGGGAAGGGGACAAGA